AUGGAAAUGGCAACGUCUCUGGCCAUGCUCAGCAGUGGCUCGAACACCACGUUCUGGCUCCUUUACCAAAUCUUCUCCAACUCUCAUGCGCUCCAAGAUAUCCGAGAUGAACUUGUCGACCUAUCAACUGAUGACGCGGCGAGUGACAUCCCAAGACGCAGAAUUUUGAGCCUAAACUUGAUUAAAGCGCGUUGCCCGACGCUCUUGGCGAUGCUCAACGAGACCUUGAGAUACCACAGCAGCGUCAUCAACAUUAAGCAAGUACAGCACGACACAAUACUGAAAAACCAGUACUUCCUGAAGAAGAACGCGAUUGUCAUGAUCCCAGGGCAGAGCAUACACCAUGAUAAGGACAUAUGGGGUCCAAGCGCCAAUGUCUUUCAUCAUUCUCGGUUCCUCACCCCUGACAGCAAGCGACGAUUAUCAAGUACCUCCGCUUUUCGGCCAUUCGGAGCUGGAACAACCAUGUGUCCAGGGCGGCACUUUUCAACGAACGUCAUUUGCAGCUUGGUAGCCAUGGUGGUGCUGCAGUUCGACCUCAUGCCAAUUGAUGGCCAAUGGAUUGCGCCAACAACACGCAACGCAGAUUUAUGGAAUGCCAUGCCAAAGCCUGAUUGGGAUGUCAAUGUGAAAAUUACUAGACGUGUUGAGGAAAAGGAGACUGAGUGGAAGUUCGUGUGGGCUGAGGCAGAUCGGACCUAA